GGCCUGUUUUCUAUCAAAUGGCGGGCAAUUUUUGGCAGAGCUCACACUCGCAACAGUGGAUUCUGGACAAACAAGAUUUGCUCCGAGAGCGUCAACACGAUUUGCUGGCCUUAAAUGAAGACGAAUACCAGAAGGUGUUCAUUUUCUUUGCCAAUGUCAUCCAGGUGCUGGGCGAGCAGCUGAAGCUGCGGCAACAGGUCAUCGCCACCGCCACGGUGUAUUUCAAGAGGUUCUACGCACGGAACUCCCUGAAAAACAUCGACCCCCUGCUGCUGGCGCCCACCUGCAUUCUGCUGGCGUCCAAAGUGGAGGAGUUCGGCGUUAUAUCAAACUCCCGGCUGAUCUCCAUCUGCCAGUCGGCCAUCAAGACCAAGUUUAGCUAUGCCUAUGCGCAGGAGUUUCCCUACCGCACGAACCACAUCCUGGAGUGCGAGUUCUAUCUGCUGGAGAACCUCGACUGCUGCCUGAUCGUCUACCAGCCGUACAGACCACUGCUGCAGCUGGUCCAGGACAUGGGUCAGGAGGACCAGCUGCUCACCCUCAGCUGGAGGAUCGUCAACGAUUCCCUGCGCACCGAUGUCUGCCUGCUGUAUCCACCUUACCAGAUCGCCAUUGCCUGCCUGCAGAUAGCAUGCGUUAUCCUGCAAAAGGACGCCACCAAACAGUGGUUCGCCGAGUUGAAUGUGGAUCUGGACAAGGUGCAGGAGAUAGUGCGAGCCAUUGUCAACCUAUAUGAGUUGUGGAAGGACUGGAAGGAGAAGGACGAGAUACAGAUGCUGCUGGCCAAGAUUCCCAAGCCGAAGCCACCGCCGCAGCGAUGAGAUAACGCCCUAAAUUUUUGUACUUCUAGAUUGUAAAAAGUCUAAUUAAGUUCACGACCUCAUCCCACGUAUUUAUGUCGAUUUAAAAUAAGUUAAAGGCUCAAAAUCUUUUUAAAUUUUA